CCAGAACUGAGGCAAGAAGAAUCUUGUUCAGUCAUUGUUUUCACUGUCAUUCCCGAGUUCAAGAAUCCUCUGGGAUCCUUAUUGGAGCAGGAGGACACCCCUGCCCCCGUCCCCGCACCAAGGGACACCCAGUCCCUGGGGACACACCCUCCACAUCCCACCUGGCGUCUCCCAUUCUUGCUCACCCUCUUUUCUCCACCAUUUUGCCCCCCACCCGCGCUUCCAAAACCUCUUCCUCCUGCAGGACCUGGGAACUCUGCACCUAGAAGGAGAAUGAAAUGAGAAGAUGCAGGUGAAACCAUCAGCACAAACAUCCAAUCUAUGUGAGACGAGACCCUGGCAUCCCCACUUAUGGACUCCGACAGUCUAUCUUACUGAACACCAGGCUUCAGGACUGCUAUGUGGUCUCACCAAUUCUCACCAACAUCUGGACGGCUAGAAUGUGUGCAAAGCAGAACAUCAAGGCCCCAGCACCAGGGAUCACCUCUUCUUGGGAAGUUGUAAAGAACCCAUUAAUUGCCAGUUCGUUCUCCUUGGUUAAGCUGGUGCUCAGGCGACAACUGAAGGAUAAAUGCUGCCCAGUACCAUGCAAAUUUGGAGAAGCAAAACAUUCGAAGAGAUUAAAGCCCAAGGAGGAGGAUUCAGCAAUGAAAGCUACCAGACGGGGCAGGAUAAGAAACUCCAGCAGUUCCAAGAGCAGGCGGCCUGUGGGGCAGCGACCUGGCUCACCUCGGCGCAGGAGGCCUGCGGGAGGAAUCAAGGAGAGUAAAGAAAGUUCAAAGGAGAAAAAAGUAACAGGCCGCCAAGAUCUUGAGAACAGAUAUGCCGAACAUGUGGCAGCCACCCAAGUGCUACCCUGGGACAUUGGGACAGCAGCCUGCAAUGGCCAGGCAUUGCUUCCUGAAGCCAGAAAGGGACCGCAGUUGUCAGACACCCUAACCAUCCACGGUCUCCCCACGGAGGGUUACCGGGCUCUGUACCACGCGGUGGUCGAGCCCAUGCUGUGGAAUCCUUCAGGGGCCCCCAAGAGGUACAGCUUGGAGCUGGGCAAGGCCAUCAAGCAAAAGCUCUGGGAGGCUCUGUGCAGCCAGGCUGCCGGCCCCAACGGUGCUCAGAAGGAUCGGUUGCUGGACAGGAAGCAGUUGGAGGUCCAUGAGGAGCCUGUGCCCAAGAAAUGGCCCAAGUUAAAGAGGGAGAAAUAGAAACAGGAACUCACGGGAAUAGGAUAUUCUCUGCUAGAUGACUCAAAAAUAAACACCACUUUGCACCUUCCAUGUAAUCUCAGAUUGCUUUACAAAUUAGUAACUACCCUCUCCGGGAAACAAGACAAAUGGGUACAA